CCCCUCCCGACAACCGCCCCAUGCAUCGGCCAAUCAUGGCGCGUUCGUGCUCGAUAAUCACUGGAGCGCGUACAAACAGCCGACGCGCAAUCAACGAGCUGCAUCCAAACAAGCCGACGCACACGUCGGGGUAUAAAGCGUGCCCGUCGCGCAGUGAGUCAUCCAACAGCACCCCGCUCUUCGCAGCCCACGCAGCCCACGCAGCGCUCCCGCCUCCUCUGACUCACCCCUCUGCACCCGUAUCUUUGCCCCUCUCUACACGUUCCCCCACCAAACUCUCACAUGGCCUACCCAACCAACUCCCCAUGGUCGACCGCUGGUUACCCCAAUGCUCCCCACAUGGGCAGUGUCCCCCUUCCCCCACCAGGCUCCACUACCCCGCAAGUGACUCCCUGUAAGUUGCCCUACUCCGCCCCUCAUGCCAACCAUGCGUCUAUCAUUAGCCUGCACCCUCUUCUGUCCUAUGAUCCCUCGGGCCGGAUGAUGUUCGACAUCAGACAAGACCUCCGUCUCCUCUGCCUUCGUCCCCCAUUCACACCAGACCAGUAUCGCGAACAAGCUGUGGGCCCAGCGUCGACGCGUAUGGCGAUCACUGUUCCCAAUGCUCCAUACUGGCAGAUCGACGUGUCGAACCCUCAAGGCGUUACCGUCUGGGACGUCCUUACUAGACUCAGCCAGGUCCUAUCCACUACGGUCAAUACGCAGGAAGCUGCUGCGCUUGCAGCGGGCAUCCAGGCUGCGAGUGCCUCGUUCAACGCUCGGUGCGGGAGCGACUCCCGUGUCCGUGCCCAGGGCAUGAAACGCUUCGAUUUUCUCGGCAUGAAGUUCUUCUUUGUUGGCUUAACGAGAGCUCGCGACGGCUCGGAUCGCUGGGAAGCUCACUUUGCUCCCCGUAUCUGAGUCCUGUUAUGCCCACCUGCCUUGUCGCGGUCUCGCUUCCUCCAUAUUCGCGCUCUCCAGCAUAUUUAUCUAGUAUUUGUCUCUCCCCACUCAUCUUGUCGACUUAAACCCUUACUCUCUCUCCCGUCUGACCUCGUCGCCACAACUCUGCUCUGUUCCACUCACCCAAUUAGUCCCCCCGCCCCACCUCAUCUUUUUUAUCUGAUAUUGCUCUCACUGUU